AAACUGUGACUAAAUAUACAAAAUGUCUAUGAUAUUCACAUGAUAAUAACUGAAGUAAUCCUUAUUUCACGCAAAUUUAAUAUUUUACACCUACAUACAAUCAUUCAUACAAUACAAUAACAAUAAAAAUACAAGGAUAACCACCCAUUUUUUAAAAUGUUCAAUGAAAGUGUAAUAUUCAACAUUUUUCUAUUUAUUUAUUGAGUGUUGCACAUAACAGUAAGAUUUUCACUUCACUAGUCACUGUGUCUCACUAGAACUCUCAGAAAUCAUCUUGAAGCCAAUCACUAGUGAGCACAUGAUGAUUAUGAUCAGAAUGGUGUAUGUGGAGAUUUCAAUAGUUGGAUUCAUGAGUCGAUAUAAACUAGAUCACUAUUCAAGACCUGGAAGAAUUGGACGGCCGUUUUAUCUUAGUAUGGGACUCCUGAACAGUGCGCAACCAUUCAUGGGUCGAUUGGUGUUAGACAUCAACACCAUUGGAUGCCGACUCAUUGGUCUAGAGGUUAAGCAUUUACGCGCGAGAACGAAAAUCCUGGGUCCAAUUGAUCGCAGAAAUUUGGAUUCUCAUUUAAGUUGUGGCGGAUGUGAUGCUUGUAUGGACUAAUGACUUCUUUGUACUUGUUGACUGCCUGAUUUCGAAUUUUAAAUACAAUACGUUCGUUCGCG